AUGCCCUCCAUACGGAAGAGAACGCGACACUCCUUUGGCGGCCGAUGGACCGAUCAGGAACGCUCUCGUCUGUGGAACUUGAGAAACAGCCAUCGCAAGCUACCUUGGGAAGUUUUCAGAGUGGUUCGUCAACCAUCCUUCUGCGACACUUGGCUUGUUUUAACCCUCAAACAGAACUAUUUUCCGAGCCGCAGUAUCAACGCCCUUCAGAAGCAGUAUUCGGAUCUCGGCGAGCUCUCCAAUGGGAACAAUCUCCCUUCGAGAACAUCCGCCAGGUUAGGUAAACGCACAACCGCCGACAAUGACCCGGCUACCGCAGAGCCACUUUCCAAACAGACGAGGAUAUCAGAGCCCGGUACGGAAUAUUCUCCACCUGAGUCUGAAGAUUCCAGUUCCAGUGAUGAUGAUGAUGGGGAUGUGCAAAUGGAUGGGUCUCGAGCUCCCCGGAGAACCCCUCGGAAGCAGCUCAAUCGCCCAAGCCGCCUCGUCAGAUUGCCACUUACACGUACGGAAAGACCUCACUCUUCCACCACUGCAGCUGUUGCAGAUGAGCAGCCAGAAAUCCCGAGCACCAGCGCCUCUAACCCUGUAGCCUUUCCGCAAGCUUCGAGAGCUGCUUCUCCCCAAGCAGAGGAGCAACCGGAGAUGACGAAGAGUCCUCUUCGGCCUUUGAACACGGACAAAGAGCCCCAGAGAGAUAAGAGAUCUCUCAGUACGAGUCCCGGUUCCAGGGAGGCUUCGUGUGAUCGCCUUGGGAAAGUGGUCCAAGGAUUCAUUCAGUCCAGAGAAGAGCAUAUGCGAGCACGCCACAAAGCCGAAGCGCUCGUUGAGCAGCUCAAAAAGGCGCUGAGAUCUGAAAAAGGGGAGGUCUCUCACCUUAAAGAUCUCCUUGAGCAAAGGGGGGUUGAAGUGAAUCAACUCAAGGAAUUCGUUGAGCGGACUGAGAAAAUUGCGGCUGAAAGGAAGGCCCAAAUUGUGAGGCUCACCGCCGAGCUUCAGGACCAACAAGCAAGGAUGGGUCAAAUACCCUUGAACGACCCUGGUUCUGCCCGGCCAUGUCCAGGCUGUACCGAGAAAGAGCAGCAGAUUGCGGAGAAAGAGCAGAAAAUCGAUAUGAUCUUCAAACUCUUCGGGCGAAAGCGGUCGACGGUGACUCCCAUACCUGAAGCAGUUGUCCCUGACAGUGAAUAA